UCUUCAGUCUGCAACUGGAUUUUCUUCUGCUGUGGCUGAACUGUUGUGCCAACCAACCAUGAUGUAUCAACUCUCUUUAAGGGUUUCUUGGGUUUGCCUGCUGUUCAGCUUUGGCGUUUGUGUUCCUCUCUUGAAAUCUGACUACACAUAUCCCUACGUGUUGAACAACCCAGUUGGUGAACCUUCUGGAUCCAACUCUCUGGAGCAAGAUGACCCUCAGGAUCAGUCUCCUCCCGGGAUUCAAGGUGCUGGUCCUUCACCCACUUCUGAGGUCAAGCCGAUUGUGUCACGCAGUCUCGGCAUCCAGUCCCCAAACCCUGCUGCAGAGCCUGCCUAUGGUUCCUGGUACAGAAUUCCUGACACCAGGGUGAACGUGGGCUCGGCUGUAGCAGCUUCUGGCCCGGUCUAUGAGCCUCAGUAUUCCCCUCCUAAACCUAGCUACCCAGCCACCCCCGUCUAUGAGCCUCAGUAUUCCCCUCCUAAACCAGCCUACCCAGCCACCCCCGUCUAUGAGCCUCAGUAUUCCCCUCCUAAGCCAGCCUACCCAGCCACCCCUGUCUAUGUGCCUCAGGUUUCCCCGCCUAAGCCUGCCUACCCAGCCACCCCUGUCUAUAAGCCUCAGGUUUCCCCUCCUAAACCUGCCUACCCAGCCACCCCUGUCUAUAAGCCUCAGGUUUCCCCUCCUGUUUCAUAUUACCCUGCUAACACUGAGGCCUACUACACUCCUGGGGCUCCAGCUAUCACCUGGUUUGAGCAGCCUGACUUGGCCUUCCUGACCAACUGGAAACCGUCGUCUUCCUUCCCCGACUUCAGCGUCCUCGAAACCCAGGCUCCCAUGACUUAUCCUCUGCCAUCUUCCUACAUCAUCCAGACCAGGAAUGGAUACGUGAGGGCAAAAGAAGUUCAUUCCCACUCGAAAUACACCCAGGACCCUUUCAACGUUCCCGUCCUUGUCAGUGCACCGAGCAAGACCUCAGGGGCACCAAAAGGAUCAAACAAGGCAACCUGGUGAUUGAACUUCAACCCCAUGGAACUGAUUCAAAGUUUUGAAUGGAAAAUAAAACUUGAAAAUAAAA